AGCACUUGACUUCAUAAUCGUUUCAGCCAGCCACGAGGACAGACUGAAGGUUACCUGCUUCAACAGUGCUUGAACGGCAACCGAAUUUCUGUCUUUUCGCUUUUCCAUUAACCAAAUUCUUUGAUUCCAGUAAUUUUGUUUUCGGUCAAAAUCGAAAAUUUGGUUUUAAGACGCUUGCUUUAAAAAGGAAAUCUACGCGAACCAGCGUCGUUGACCAUCUUUGCGUAUAAUACCAUUUAAAAGCAGUACAAACUACUAAAAGAAACAUGACCUCUCAGGUGCGACAGAACUUCGAGGAGGCCUGCGAGGCGGCCAUCAACCGUCAGAUCAACAUGGAGCUGUAUGCGUCCUACGUCUACCUUUCUAUGUCAUACUACUUCGACCGAGAUGAUCAGGCUCUGAACAACUUUGCAAAGUUUUUCCGCCAUCAGUCCCAAGAAGAGCGCGAACAUGCUGAGAAACUGAUGAAGUUUCAGAACCAGAGGGGAGGGAGGAUCUUUCUGCAGGACGUGAAGAAACCGGAAAAGGAUGAGUGGGGAAGUGGCGUGGAAGCGCUGGAAUGUGCCCUGCAGCUCGAGAAGAGUGUCAAUCACUCCCUCCUGGAGCUGCAUAAACUGUCCUCCCAGCACAACGACCCACACAUGUGCGAUUUCAUUGAGACACACUACUUGGACGAGCAGGUGAAGUCCAUCAAAGAACUGGGCGACUGGGUGACCAACCUGCGCCGCAUGGGCGCCCCCCAAAACGGCAUGGCAGAGUACAUGUUCGACAAGCUCACACUGGGCAAGGAGAGCAGCUAAACGCUCUGUCCAAUUCCUUUGCUGAUUAGUUUUGCUCUAUGCCCUACAUGCCAUCAACUUUUUUUUAUGUUGUUUGACUGACUGGUCAACCUGUGUGUCCAGUUAUUUAAGCAAAAAAACCUCUAAGCUUGUUUUGCUCCAUAAUGCUUUGGUGUUUAAAGUUGCACGUCUCAUAAGCCAUUGCUGUCUAUAUCUGUCUCCUACCUGCAUGUGCUGUGUGAUCUGUCAAUGAAAUUAUGCUCCAUAUCAAUAAAACAGAAACCUCUGGGAUCUCAACUUGA